UCCCAUUUCAUCAGUUUCAGCUCUCCAAAUCUUCCUUGAUCACUGUCGUAAAGUAAUAGAGAAACGAUAAACCAGCUUCGUCACGCUUCAACGGAUGACCCAGAGCUGACUUCCACGUCUCACGAGGCCGUUCCGAAGUGUUUUCUAGAAAGAUUGAUGGCUUCAGAGUCCAGGGCAAGUGCCCCGAAGAUUUCUAAAAUCACUAGCAUCCCUCUACGCAAUAAGAAAAAACCUACAGCGGCGUCAAAGACGGCAUGGAUGCUGAAAGGCACCGGCGAAGUUGUACGCACUAUAGCAUCAGCAUCACUAGAAGCGGACGAUGCCACAGUCUCCUCGGAGCUUAGCUUCGAGCUCCUGUGCAGCUAUAACUGGCAGCGAAAUAGAAAGGCAAUCCUUGUUCCAGGUGGACCUCCAAAAUGGGUACUUCCACCCUUGCCAAUCACUCUAGCCCCAGAUGCCGGUCUCCAGUUUGUAGAUCAAAAUGCCUUCCGUGUUCCGAGGUACCCUUUCGAGCCCGCGUUCCAGGCGUUGGCCGUCAUGAGCCCAAAUGCGCAACUAGAUGAUGUCGACAUCAUCGCUAAUCGCAACAGUCUGCGCAAGCUGCUUAACUUUGCUGCUGGGAGGCGGCAAGAUCCGUUUCGUAUGGAUUUGCAUAUGGUGAAGGAUACGCUCUUCAUUAGCCGCAAGGAGAGAAAUGCUCGAUUCAUGAUUCAUGGAGCUUUAAAUUCUGGGUACGGUCAUAGCUUCGAGCAAGCCUUCACCAGACCUGAGGACGGCUUAGACGAUUCAAGCAGCCACCAUAGGGUCAUUCGAUAUCGUCUUGGCGAUCUGAACUGUGUCGUCCGGUUCGAGGUAGAUGCAUACUACGAAGAUACGGGCGAUCCGGAUGUUGCCAACUCCAUGCAGCAACCUAUUGACCAAGCCAUCACGAUGAUGGCGCAAAGGGCAGUGAAGAACCCACUGCCAAGUGCAAUACCAAAGGGCACCACGAAGGUCAUUAUCAAAGCGAAAAAGGCUGAAAAGCUCAACGACGCCAUGCCGCAACUCUGGUUCGGUCGCACGCGAUAUCUUCUCACUGGGAAGCAUGUGAACGGCGUUUUCCGUUCAAUCAGCACCUCUCAUGUUGAGCCGAAGUUUACGAACUGGGAGAUGGUCAACCAGGAGAAUUUGCGCAAAUUGGUCGGCUUGCUUGCGGAUCUAAAACGCAUCGUGCGCGAGACAAAAAGAGGAGCUGCCAUGUUGCUGUGCGAGUCUAAAGGCGCUCCUCUGCGGGUUCUAGAGGCAAAGAGCGAGAGGAGCGCUCUGCCUGAGGAAAUGAUCAUGAAACAUUGGAGUUUUGGGAGGGGCGAUGUGAAGUAA